GCACUGAAGCAGCUAACUUCCAUCGAAUCUCGGGAUGCGCGCCUUUCUGAUCCUGGCUCUCUGCCAGGCUGUGUUCGGUCAACAAUACUAUCGGCUGGGAUCUGGGUCCCGGUACACCUACUCGGACCAAAUUGCCUCCGAGAUCCGGAACCUUACUCAAACCUGGACUCCCGGAAAUAAUCCGAUGCCUCUGACCCACUAUCGCGUCGGAUCACUGGCUCCUCAACCUCAACAUCGACUGCCCGAGGGAAUGCUGCUGUUGAAGGUUAACCAGGACAUUGAACUGCCCGAGAACUUUGACGCCCGUCAGCAGUGGCCUCAAUGUAAGAGCAUUCGCACCGUUCGCAACCAGGGAUGUUGUGGAUCAUGUUUCGCUGUUUCGGCCACUUCCACCAUGACCGAUCGUUGGUGUAUCCACUCACAGGAUCACGAAACUUUCGAAUUCGGAUCGAUCGAUGUGCUGUCCUGUUGUACUGAAUGCGGUGAUGGAUGCCAGGGAGGAUUUUUGCCCCAGACCUGGAAAUACUGGGUUCGUCGUGGAAUUUCCAGCGGGGGAGCUUAUGGUUCCAACCAGGGAUGCCAUCCUUACCCAUUCACAACCUGCCAAUCGGAAGAUGAGGAAGAUGUUGCUCCUCGGUGCAAGCGUACCUGCAACUCUGCUUACAACGUUACCAAGGCUGUCGAUGAUCGUCGUUUCGGGCGUUCUGCCUACACCAUUCCUCGGGAUGAGCGCAAGAUCAUGGAGGAAAUCUACGUCGGUGGACCAGUUCAGGCUUCGUUCUCCGUUUUCCUGGACUUCAAGUCCUACAAAAGCGGUGUCUACCGCCACGUUUGGGGACCUCAUGAGGGUUACCACGCCAUCAAGAUCGUCGGCUGGGGUGUCGAAAACAUCAAGAGUGUCCCGGUCAAGUACUGGCUGGUGUCCAACUCCUGGGGUCAGGACUGGGGUGAGAAUGGUUUCUUCCGCAUUGUUCGUGGCGAGGAUCAUUUGGGCAUUGAGUCCGAGGUUACCGCUGGUAUGCCUCACUACUCAAAGCACCUGAAACUGCAGGGUUUGGAUUGGUAA